AUGAAAAGGAAAUUUGACUCUAAGGAUGAUAGCAGCAAUGAGAAAAAUUCCGUCAAGCGUCAGUGUCAGCGUAGUUUGUCGGAUACGGACCUGAACGAACAACAGAAGCAAAUUCAACCACAACCGCCACCAUCGCCGCUAUCACAAGGUCCCGAAAAUCGACUUACUAGCUGCGAACAUACGACGAAUGUACCCACGAAAUUGUCUUCCGAGCUUGACAACAGAAUAUUGGAUUGGAUCGAUAAAGUAGAUGAGCUACAAGUGGUUGAGUUAGAAGAUAUGAGCCAGUCUCCGUCCAAGCGGUCGCGAUCCGAUUCAACCGAUACUUAUCGUGGCAGGCGCCGAUCAAUCUCGGAAGCAAGCACGUCGGCCUAUAAGGAUGUCAGCUAUGUUCCAAUACUCGAGCAGAAGGGCUGUUUUAUGCGUCCGUCGAGAGCUGGUCCCAUCGACGAAGAUGCCAGGCUAUGCGAACAACUCUUCAGCCAGCCGAUUGAUGUCCCCUCUGGCACUCUUUUCGAGGACAAAUAUGCCCAAGACUUUCGCAAUGCCCUGCAGGGUCGGUCGGAAGCGCUAGUCACGCUACACUUACAUUCCCUCCUUAUGCCUUCCGCCGAGAUUCGAUACUUUCGAGAACGGGAAGGAUCGGAAAAUGUCAUUGACGGUUAUAACGAUCUGUGGUUAAAGACAGAGCCCAUUCAUGGACCAAAGCCGCAGCCGGAUCAUGCUUGGGGUUUGAAGUGGUCGACCUUCUCGGAACUACAGCGACAGAAGCUUGGAGUCAAGCCAGAUGCAAAGUCGAUGUAUGCCGUGCGAGAUGACAUGUAUUUUCCUUACUUUGCGGCGGAAGUCAAAUGCGGCAACCAAGCGCUGGAUUUUGCAGAUCGCCAGAACAUGCACAGCAUGUGCAUUGCCCUUCGCGCUAUUGUUACACUGGCGCGAGCUGCCGGGUGUCUGGAAGAAGUAAACCAAAGGAUUCUUGGAUUCUCAAUUUCACACGACUCAGAGGACGUGCGAAUCUACGCAUACUAUCCUGAGAUUACCGGAGACAAGAUUGAAUACUACCGGCGGCCGUUAUCACGAUUCAAUAUUUGGUCAGAGAAAGAUAGAUGGGCGUGUUUUCGUUUCGUGGUGAAUGUCAACCGUCGAUUUCUUCCCAUUCAUAUCAAGCGAUUGAAUGAUCUUUUGGACAAAAUCCCCGAUGUCCAAGAUACUGAAUAUGAGAACGAUGACGAACAGAGAAUUGGCUCUCAAGUCUCCGGAUCUCGAGAACGACGUGUUAAUAGUCGCGCUCCAUCGGUGCGGAGUCGAGGGCAUGCAGAGCUGCGUAGCACGAUCCAAGGUUUACGCGAGGAACACAAGUUGGUCCUCGCUCAACUCGAAGAACAGAGAAGAGAGUUUCUCAUUCAAAUAGAACAGCUGAAAGCACGAGAAUAG